GGGAUUUGAAACCAGAGAAUCUUCUUUUGGACGAGAAGAAUAACAUUCGGAUAGCAGAUUUUGGAAUGGCUUCAUUACAGAUGGAUGGCUCAAUGCUUGAAACCUCCUGCGGUUCUCCUCACUACGCAUGCCCAGAAGUCAUAAGGGGUGAAAAGUAUGAUGGAAGGCGAGCAGAUGUGUGGAGUUGUGGUGUUAUUUUAUAUGCUCUAUUAGUUGGUGCUCUUCCUUUUGAUGACGACAACCUAAGGCAGCUCCUAGAGAAGGUGAAGAGAGGGGUGUUCCAUAUACCACAUUUUGUUCCUCCAGAGUGCCAGGAUCUUCUUAGGGGAAUGAUCGAAGUCUGUCCAGAAAAAAGAAUGACGUUAGCUGAGGUAACGAGGCAUCCUUGGGUAAUAGCGGGAAGUAAAACUGAACUUGAAUUAGAGCUUCCAAUGAAAGAAGCUGUUCAGACUCAUAUCAUUCCAACUGUUGAUGAUUUAGAUCCAGACGUGUUAGCAAGUAUGACAUCACUAGGUUGUUUUAAAGAUAGAGAAAAAUUAAUUCAAGAAUUAUUAAAUACAGCGCAUAAUACAGAGAAAGUAGUUUAUUUCCUAUUGUUAGACAGAAAGCGGCGGAAACCUGCUUAUGAAGACGAAACAGAAGUCAUCAUAAGGAACAGGUCCGAAUCAGCUUUCUCCACAUCUCUUCCCUGUCCCGUUCCCCCAGAUCCUCCUAGAAAAAGAGUGGAUACCUGCCAGAUAAACGGCAGGUCUGGAUCUAGUGACCGUUGCAGGUACAGUUUCGAUAUGCUAAGUGAAGGUUCUCCUCUGACGCCCAGAAGAUAUCCCUAUGGACGGAGCCGAAGGAGCAGCAUGUCCAGCAGCCUUCAUGUAACGAGUCCUGCGGUCUCUCCACUCACUUCUCCAAAACCCACUCCCCGGGGUACUCCGGAGGAGAGCCCUCUCAACACUCCUCCGGGUUCCCCGGGAAUGAACCAACCAUACUGGAAAUCUAGGCUCAAUACAAUUAAAAGCAGCUUCCUCGGCAGUCCUCGAUUCCAUAGGAGAAAAAUGCAAACGCCUUCCGCUUCAGAUGAAGUGAGUCUGACUCCAGAUUCCUCACCUGAAUUAACGAAGCGAUCGUGGUUUGGAAGCCUGAUGACCAACGAAAGAGAUGAAACCCACGUGAUAUUGGUCAAAGACAGGCCUCUGAGCUCGGUCAAAGCAGAUCUCAUACAUGCCUUCUUAUCGAUUGCUGACUUGUGCCAUAGUGUGAUUUCUCCUAUGUCUUUCCGCGUGGAAUACAAGCGUGCCGGGGGUCCGACAAUGUUCCAGAGGAACGUCCGUUUCCACGUGGACAUAGCGCUGGUUAGUGCGGGCACACACGACGGACCCCUCAGUGCUGUGGACAGGAGGAGCAGCACUGACAAGCCCGCCGUAUACUGUAUAUCUUUUACACUCAUAUCCGGGCCUAUUCGCCGAUUCAAGCGCAUCUGUGAGCAUAUUCAAGCCCAGAUCCUGGGGCGCCGUCCGAACCAUUCGCCCAGGAUUAGUCGUCGCCCAACCGCUGAACUCAGUGAGAGUUCUUCCUGUGGCUCAGAAAGCAUGUCGCCCACACCAUCUCGUCACCAGGUGGCCAACGACGACAUGGCGGUCGUGUCCAUGAAGGCUGGCAGUUCGGCAGCCAUGUCUCGUUGCAAAUCAGACCAAGACGCUACGGCUGACAUUUUUGAGCGUGAGGCCAAAAUGGUGACCACCUCGCACAGGAGGGCAGCAGCGGCUGACGAUGUGCGACCACUCCUCAAUGGUCGACGCAUGAGCUAUGACCUUAAAAAUCCUUCAAAGGACAAGCUCUGAUACGACUUUCAGACUUCCCAUUGGACAACAACAACAACGACAAGUCUUUCCUUUGUUUAUCAUCGAAAGCAUUAAAUGGCUGUUACAUGAAGAUUUGUUGGCUUAAAGACAUUACUCGACAAAACAAGCCAAGUUCACAAAUGUUGAGAUUGGUUGCGACUUGGUUCUAUCUCACGCCAAGGAAAUGGCGCUUUUCUGCUGGUAAUAAGUGGAAAAUAUUCGAUCGCAAGCUUUAAUGAACAGCAGAAUGAGUUUUGAACCCACGGGUAAUGACAACAAAGUGAGUCUUUGAAAAUGAAGGCCAUCGCGUGCUGCAUGAUUGGUAUCAUAUUACUCGUCUCAAAUUACGAUAACUUUUAAACGUCAAUAUUGAAUAUAUCAGGUUGUUUGAAAGUAAAUUCGAUGCAAUUUAAUAUCAGAUUGGCGAUGAAGAUGGCAAAGACUCUCUUUGUAUUGAAGCAAAUGUUUGCUAUUUAAGUUCAUAUAUGCUUGCGUACUUGAACUGAAGUUGCCAACUCGCUCAAUUUCUGAGUUCGUCAUCUAGUUUAAACUGGGAAGUCAUUUCUCCAGGUUAAUCUGCUUCAGGAAAGGAGAUCGGAGACCCAAACGUGUAAAGAGAAACUCUCCGUAAAAAUCACGUCGAUAACCGAAAAUAAAAAUAAACCCUUUCGGUAAAAUGAUGAUAAUAGCUAUACUUUAGUUUUUCAUACCUUGCAGCACAAUGACGAGCUAAACUCGUCAUGCAAAAGGAAAUAAGUGCCAUAUCAAUAUCAAUCAUUUUGGUAUUCUAACUUUAUUUCUAAUUUAACUAUUAAAGUACGAUCAAUCAAACUAGAGAAUAAUUAAUCUAUUCUACUACAUAAUUUUAUUUCAGGUUAGGAUCAUAAAUAACAGACUAUGUUAACGUUUUGGUCAUUAUACAAGUUGGGUUUAAUAAGUCAUAAAACAUCAAUCUUUCUAAAGCAAUUUAUUAAAAUUCAUUGGUUAAAGGGCAAAUAAAAUCGUUUUAAUCCGUUUGCAAGAGAAGAAAAAACUAUUGCGAUUUAGGAUUUAAAUUAUCAUCCGCGACUGGAUAUAGUUUCGUUUUAUUUAGUUAUCAAAUUAUACAAAUGUGCUUUCAAAACAAUAUAAAAGCUCUUAAAGGUUAAACUCGUCGGAUAAAAAUUUAAUUUGCGCUACCUUUUACGAUAUAUAUCCUAGAAUUAUUAAAAAAGAAAAGUUAUAGUUUCGUUGUGCUACUGCAAUUCUAGAUUUGGCGACGUAUUUCAAUAGAUAAGGAGAAGAUUUGUUCUAGAAAAAAAAAUCUAUAUGAGAUUGCAAGAUCAUUGUAUUUGAUUAGACGACUAAAAAUGAAGUGUCUACGCUGAUAGUACCUUAACAAAUCAAAUGCGAGAUAGAGAAUUUUGUUUCGCUAUUGAAGAAAAUCGCCUGCAAGGAGCAAUAUUUAUUACUCUUUCAUCAGUUUCUUUAAAUGUUGACAGAAAAACGUAUGUUUGUUACGAUUUUUAGAUGUCAUUUUUAUUAAUUCUUAAUACUUGUUAAUUGAUUAUUCAAUAAGUUUUAAUUUCCUCAUUUCACACGAUUUGAGAAACCAAGCAAAAAGAAGGCUGUGCAACGUUGUAUCAAGAGCUAGCAAUGUUGGUAGACUUUCGCGCUGGGAGCUUAGCAUCCGUUUGGUGUGUACUUAGAUGCAAACAGGCUUUAUCCAUAAGGAUAAUGGUUUUUUCUUAACUUGCAACAGAGUAUAGCCGCAAUGGUUAAGACAUUGGAUUUUCAUUUUUAAAAGCUGGGUUCUAUCUCUAGUGGCAGCUUGAAAUCCAUCUAGCCAGAGAUCUAUGACUACUAUUCUUGUCUGACCAAUAAAAGCAGUCGGUGUGAAAUACUGACCGCUAUUCCACCAACAUGCCUCCAUGACCACCUUGGACAACAACAUCUGCUGCCGGACCGCUUUCUCUGAACAUAAAUUUUCUGAAUAUUAAGUCUUUUAUAGAAAUUUUGACGAAGGGUUUUAAUUAUUAAGAAAAAAAUCUUAUGUUUCAUUAUUUAAUUUAUCAACAAACUUCAUAAAACAGUGAUUAACAUUUUAGUUAAUGCUAUCAAAAUAAAAGUGACAAUUGCGAUUAAUCUUCCAUUUAGAGUAACUAUGAGUUGCACUAUAUGGUUUUACCAAUCAUAUAAUAUUACCAAAUCACAUAAUUGUAAUCAUCUUGAAGAAUUCAAAUUAAUGAUUUAGAAAAAAAAUUAAUAUCUCUAAACAGGCAUAUCGUAACGGAAUAAUUAAGUUACUUUUUCAAGCCAAUUUCAAGAGUUGCUGUAAUUAUUAAGUAAUUAAUUUUUGAAGUUCAAAUUAUUUAUAAGAAAUUAUAAAAAU